CUCUCUCUUUGUGGGCCUCUCUCUGCUCACAGCCUCCCAUCUGCCCAUCACGUGGACCACCCAACAAACACGUGCUGAGCAGCCGUGGGUUUCAGGCCUGAGCUGGUCUCAGCCAGGGGCGCCUCUCUGUUAACCCCCAGGCCUUCUCUGUCCAGCCUGGGUCCACUCUCAGAGGCCGCCACUGCCCCGAGCAGCACCCUGGAUCCCGCCAUUGCUUCCCUCUGCUGUCCCGGGGUUCGGGCUCCCCUCUGUCCCAGCCAUUGUCGAGUGAUUCACAGGUGUGUGGCUGCUGGCUGAGGGAGGCAAGGCAGAGAGCUCCCGUGUGCUUGAUGCACCCCUGCUUCCCUCCCGUGUGCUUGAUGCACCCCUGCUUCGCUCCCGUGUGCUUGAUGCACCCCUGCUUCGCUCCCGUGUGCUUGAUGCACCCCUGCUUCCCUCCCGUGUGCUUGAUGCACCCCUGCUUCCCUCCCGUGUGCUUGAUGCACCCCUGCUUCCCUCCCGUGUGCUUGAUGCACCCCUGCUUCCCUCCCGUGUGCUUGAUGCACCCCUGCUUCGCUCCCGUGUGCUUGAUGCACCCCUGCUUCGCUCCCGUGUGCUUGAUGCACCCCUGCUUCCUGACGCCAAAUCUCAGUCCCCAGAGGGGACUCUCCAGGAACGGGAUCGUGCUGCAGGGGGACAAGGAGGCUCAUCAGAGGCAGGCUGGCCACAGGCACCCAGCAGUGAGAGCAGCCCUGCCCUGUGGUGAGGUCUGAGGGGAGCCUCACCGACGCCAGCCUCAGGCAGCACACCCAGCUCCACAUUUUGGGGUGAAGUCGGGUCCUGGGAGCCCUCAGGCUCUUUGGAUAUUGUUACCCUGGUGUUACUCAGAAAUGCUACAGCUAGGUCGUGCUUUGAAAUACAGAAUUUUUAUUGAGUGCUUCCUAUCAAGCACGGUGUGCCAAGUUCUCCUUAAACUUUAUCUUGUGAGAAUAGAGAUUGAUAAACAGAGAAAUACCUGUUUUAAAAGAUGAAUCAAGUUGAUUGCCCGCCAGCUUGACCAACCAAGGCAAAAAAAGAGGAAGCACAAAUGAUCAACAUCAGGAGGGAGAAAGGGCCGUCGCUGCAGAUUCUCCCCAGGUGGCGAGGAUAGCAAGGGAUUUCUAUGAAGAACCUCGUACCAAUACAUUUGAUAUACUUCAGAGAAAAUGAACAAACACCCCGAAAGACAUAACUUACCAAGACUGACAUAAGAAGAAAUACAAAACCUGAACAAUACUCUUUCUUUUUCUUUUUUUUUUUUUCUGAGACAGAGUCUCACUGUUGCCCAGGCUGGAGUGCAAUGGUGUGAUCUCACUGCAACCUCCUCCUCCUGGGUUCAAGCAAUUCUCCUGCCUCAGCCUCCUGAGUAGCUGGUAUUACAGUCUUCUGCUACCACACCUGGCUAAUUUUUUAUAUUUUUGGUAGAGAUGGGGUUUCACCAUGUUGGCCAGGCUGGUCUUGAACUCAUGACCUCAAGUGAUCCACCUGCCUUGGCCUCCCAAAGUGCUGGGAUUACAGGUGUGAGCCACUGUGCCCGGCCCUGAACAAUACUAUUUCUGUUAAAUAAGUUGAAUUUAUCAUUAAUAGGCUUCCCAAACAGAACAUACCAGGCCGAGGAAGCAUCCCUAGUGAGUUCUAUUGAAUAGUUAAGGAAGAAAUGUUUUUAAAUGAAUUUUUAAAAGCUCUACACGACAAAAAAAAUGGUAAAUAUGCAAAGUGAUAGGUCAAUGUAGCUUGACUUAGCCAUUGCACAGUGUCUGCAUACAUCAAAACAUCACAUUGUACACCAUAGAUACAAUUUUUAUUUGUUAAUCCUACCUUAAUAAUAAAUAAGUGUUUUUAAUAAUAUUCCAGAUAGUGGGGACCUGGACGGGAAGGAUCUGUGGGCAGGGAGGAUGCACGGGUGAUUGCGACAUGCCACUGCCUCACCCGGCGGCCGGCCUGCAGGCAGGCAUGCCACAGACGCUGAGUGCCUCCGACAUGGUCACCCCAGGCAGCUUCAGCCCACCCCCCACCGAGCCCACAGAUGGCGAACAGGCCGGACAGCCCCUCCUGGAUGGAGCUCCAUCCUCAGCCUCCCUGGAAACACUGAUCCAGCACCUGGUUCCCACAGCCGACUACUACCCCGAGAAAGCCUACAUCUUCACCUUCCUGCUGAGCUCUCGCCUGUUCAUCGAGCCCCGGGAGCUCCUGGCCCGGGUCUGCCACCUGUGCAUCGAGCAGCAGCAGCUGGACAAGCCGGUGCUGGACAAGGCCCGGGUCCGGAAGUUCGGCCCCAAAUUGCUGCAGCUGUUGGCCGAGUGGACCGAGACCUUCCCGAGGGACUUCCAGGAGGAGUCGACUAUCGGGCACCUUAAGGACGUCGUGGGCCGCAUCGCCCCCUGUGACGAGGCAUACCGGAAGAGGAUGCAUCAGCUCCUACAGGCUCUGCACCAGAAGCUGGCGGCUCUGCGCCAGGGGCCCGAAGGUCUGGUGGGUGCCGACAAGCCCAUCUCCUACAGGACCAAGCCACCAGCCUCCAUCCACAGGGAGCUCCUUGGUGUCUGCAGUGACCCCUACACACUGGCCCAGCAGCUGACCCACGUGGAACUGGAGCGGCUGCGGCACAUCGGGCCGGAGGAGUUUGUCCAGGCCUUUGUGAACAAGGACGCUCUGGCCAGCACAAAGCCCUGCUUCAGUGACAAGACCAGCAACCUGGAGGCUUACGUGAAAUGGUUCAACAGGCUGUGCUACCUGGUGGCAACUGAGAUCUGCAUGCCAGCCAAGAAGAAGCAGAGGGCGCAGGUGAUCGAGUUCUUCAUCGACGUGGCCCGCGAGUGCUUCAACAUCGGCAACUUCAACUCCCUCAUGGCCAUUAUCUCCGGCAUGAACAUGAGCCCUGUCUCCAGGCUGAAGAAGACCUGGGCCAAAGUGAAGACGGCCAAAUUUUUCAUCCUCGAGCACCAGAUGGACCCAACAGGGAAUUUCUGCAACUACAGGACAGCCCUGCGAGGGGCGGCCCACCGCUCCCUGACAGCCCACAGCAGCCGAGAGAAGAUAGUCAUUCCUUUCUUCAGCCUGCUCAUCAAAGACAUCUACUUCCUGAAUGAGGGCUGUGCCAACCGCCUUCCCAACGGACACAUCAACUUUGAGAGCCCUAAAGUCACUGGGUGUUGAGAGAGUCUCUGCCAGGACCAGCCCCUCCCCCU